AUGUUUCGUGGACCGGCUGGCAUUAGUGCAAUGAUGAAGGAGGGUGCUGCGCACUAUAAGGGUACGGAGGAGGCGGUGUUACGAAAUGUGGAUGCGGCGCGUAAGUUAUACGAGACAGUGAAGUCUAGUUACGGGCCUACGGGUAUGUGCAAAUUGGUGAAUAACUAUAUAGAGAAGCGUUUCCUUACGGCGGAUGCAAGUACUAUUUUGAGUGAGUUGGAGGUGCAGCAUCCUGCGGCUCGAGUGUUAGUGAUGGCUAGUCAGAUGCAGAAUUCUGAGUUCGGUGACCACACGAAUUUCGUGGUGAUUUUGGCGGCAGAAUUAUUGGUACAAGCAGGCGAAUUGAUAAGUGCUGGUGUCCAUCAGUCGUUCAUCAUUAAGGGUUAUGAGUUGGCUUUGGCUCGUAGUCUCGAGGUAUUGAAAACACGUGUGUGCAAAACUAUGCAUGGUUGCGACGACCUAAUGGUCAGGCCUCUAGUCGCCUCCAAGGUGUUUGGCCGCGCGAACGUGGAAGUGGUAACUCGAUUGGUUAAGGAUGCGUGCAAUACAGUGUUACUGUCGGAGGAUGGAAAAAUGAACACUGACAACAUCCGCGUUUCAAAGAUCGUCGGUGGUACGCUUACGCAGUCGUGCGUUGUGAAUGGCAUGGUAUUUCUGCGCGAACCUCGCACAGAGGCCAAGGAGAAACGUAAUUGCAAAAUUAUCUUGUUGGGUACAGCGCUUGAAGGAGUGCAGACCGAAGGGACGAGUACGGUUUUGAUUGAGAAAGCGGAACACAUGAAGAACUUUACGCAAGGUGAAGAAGAGGAAAUGGAGAAUUUAAUCAAGGGCUACCAUGACGCGGGAGUGGAAGCCGUGAUUUGUGGCGGUGCCAUCUCUUCUCUCGCGCUCCACUUCCUUAACAAAUAUGACAUGUGGGCGUUACCGGUGCCUUCGCGAUUCGACAUCAAGCGACUAAGUCGAACGUUACGCAUACCUGCGUUACAGAGACGCAGUGCACCCAUGGCGGAGGAAAUUGGACUCGCCGAAUUUGUCGGACUGAAGGAGAUCGGCAGUCAACUAGUGACUGUCGUGCAGGGCAAAGACACCAAAGUCAGCACCAUCCUCUUACGAGGUGGCGCCAUGACCAUGCUCGAUGAGGUUGCACGUGCGGUCGACGAUUGUGUCUCGCUCGUUAGCGCAGUCUGUCGUGAUGACCGAUUCGUUGCCGGUGCUGGGAAUGCGGAACUCGCACUCUCAGACGACUUAGAACAAUAUGCUACCACUCUCGCUGGCCUUGAACAAUACUCCGUCGAACGCUUCGGCGUAGCUCUGGCCGCCUUUCCAAAAUUGCUCGCCGAAAAUGCAGGUCAUAACGCACUUGAAACCAUGAGCAGACUCAUCGCUCGGUUCAAACAGACUGAGCAAGCAGGUAGCAAGACCGAGAUAGUGGGAGUAGACGUAACUUCCAGUAACAACUCUGUCCGUGACAUCUCAGAGCCUUGUGAACGUGACGAAUUCGCCGCUUUCAAUGAACUCGGCUACCCCGUCUAUGACCAUUACCUCACCAAACAAUGGGCCAUCCGACUCGCCGCUGAUGCCGCACUCACUCUACUCCGUGUAGAUCAAAUCAUCAUGAGCAAACCUGCAGGCGGACCCAAAAUGCCAAGCCAAGGUCAUUGGGAUGCCGCAGAUGAUCGCGAACCCGCCUUCUAA